UUAGCAUUCUUAUCUAAAACUUUGCAUAUAAAACCUUCAUACAUUUGUCAACCCUUCUCGUAUAUAUCCCAAAAGCAAUAGUCUGCAGGAAACAAAGGGAGAGGGAUGUCAGGCGAUUGGGGGCCAGUACUGGUGGCGGUGGUGCUGUUUGUGUUGUGUACACCAGGGCUGCUUUGUCAAGUGCCUGGAAACAAAAGAGCAGUGGAAUUUGCUAACUUUCAGACGAGUCCGAUCUCCAUUUUUGUUCACACGAUCAUAUUCUUUGGCCUAGUCGCCAUCUUUAUGAUAGCUAUUGGCAUUCACAUCUAUUCAGGGUAGAAUAGAAAUUAGACAACCCCCCUUCCUUGCUCCAUUUCAUGUUGCUUUACUUGUCUAGCAAGAGGGUAUAUAGCUACAUAUCGUCACUCAUAAAAAUGGCCGCAAAUCUUCAAAAUCUCCUAUCAUCGUUUGCAUUACUGUUGUUACCAAUCGAGUUUCUUCAUUCCCAUGAGAAGAUCUGUGAUGAUUUAUGGUUAUGUAAAUGAUUUUGUAUUUACUAUUUUACUAAUGGUGAAUGAGUGAAAUGGUAACAUA